UAUAAAAUCACAGCAACACUGUACGCAAACACAGUCAAAAACAGUCCCUCUCGGAGUUUGUGUGGAAUCUGCAGAAGGUGAAACCGAAGAUUCGUUCCAAUCCCGCCGGAACUGCGCUCGUUCGCGUUUUCGCCGUAACGCGCGUGAUUUGAUGCAGGUGUUAUAUUUAUACUUCAAGGUUGUGUGUGUGUGUGUGUGUGUGUGUGUGUGUGUGUGUGUGUGUGUGUGUGUGUGUGUGUGUGUGUGUGUGUGUGUGUGUGUGUGUGUGUGUUUCUGCUCGGAUGGCCUCUGGAGCUGGACUCCGCCUGUCUGUUGUCAAAUAGACUCGACUCUGCGGCUAAAACGAGUCACUUGUCGAGUUUAUGGACUGCAGACGAAUGUUUGUUUGGAUGGAAACGAGUUGUGUGUCUUUAUCAUUGUGCGUCAGCACGCGUGUCUCUGCUAAAGUGUCUGUGAAUGGAGUGAGUCUACAUUAUCAGCGCACCGGAAACGGAAACCACGCCGUCCUGCUUCUGCCUGGAGCUUUAGGAAGUGCUCAGACUGAUUUUGCUCCUCAGCUGGAGAAGCUGGACAAGCGGUGUUUCACGCUGGUGGCGUUUGACCCGCGGGGUUACGGGCGCUCGCGUCCUCCAGACAGAGAUUUCCCCCCCGAUUUCUUCCACAGAGACGCCAAAGAUGCGGUGGAUUUAAUGCAAGUAAGACAGGAAGGAGUUAAAUAUCUGUAGAUAAUAUUCUGCAGCGAUGAGAAGCCAAAGCAUCAGAUAGAGAUACCUGAACGUUAGAGUCAGUUGCGGUCUGUAACUCAUUGUUAAAAUGCAAAUUUGUUUGAUGAUGUAUUUAUUCAUUUAUUUUCAUUAAUUUAUCAUGUAUUUUAAAUGAAUUCAUGUUUGUAUUCUUCAAUACUUUUUAACCUUUUUAAAAAAAUUAUUUGAUUAAUUUUAAAAGUUAAAUAAUGUCUACCUAAGACCGAAGAUGAAGGAUUUUUUUAUAUUAUUUCUAUUAGUAUAUUUAUAUGAUUUGAAGAAAUU